GACCACUUGAAAGUCUGCUCGCAAGGCUACACAUGCUGCUCUCAAGAAAUGGAGGAGAAGUACAGUCAGCAGAGUAAACACGACUUCAGAAAUGCCGUCGUAGAGCUUAGCAAUCACUUACAAACCAUGUUUAGUUCCCGAUACAAGAAGUUUGAUGAGUUCUUCAAAGAACUUCUUGAAAAUGCUGAGAAGUCGCUGAACGACAUGUUCGUGAGGACGUACGGCCGUUUGUAUAUGCAGAACUCAGAGCUGUUCAAGGACCUCUUCGUGGAGCUGAAGCGGUACUACGUGGGUGGCAAUGUCAACCUAGAGGAGAUGCUCAAUGAGUUCUGGGCGCGCUUGCUGGAGCGCAUGUUCCGGCUGGUCAACCCCCAGUACCACUUCACGGACGAGUACCUCGAGUGCGUCAGCAAGUACACUGAGCAGCUGAAGCCCUUCGGGGACGUGCCGCGGAAGCUCAAGCUACAAGUGACGCGCGCGUUCGUGGCCGCCCGCACCUUCGCGCAGGGCCUCGCCGUCGCGAGGGACGUCGUGAGCAAAGUGUCCGCGGUGAACCCCACGCCGCAGGGCACACGGGCACUGCUGAAGAUGAUGUACUGCCCAUACUGCCGAGGUCUGGUAUCGGUGAAGCCCUGUUACAACUACUGCUUUAACGUCAUGAGAGGCUGCUUGGCCAACCAAGGGGACUUGGACACAGAGUGGAAUAUCUUUAUGGACUCGAUGCUGCUGGUAGCAGAAAGGCUGGAGGGUCCCUUCAACAUCGAGUCAGUCAUGGACCCCAUUGAUGUGAAAAUUUCAGAUGCGAUCAUGAACAUGCAGGAGAACAGCAUGCAGGUGUCUCAGAAGGUUUUCCAGGGAUGCGGCCAGCCAAAAACGCUUGCCCAGGGCCGGACCGCUCGCUCCGUCUCCGAAAGUGGUUUCAGCGCUCGUUUUAGACCCUACAACCCAGAGGAGCGGCCGACUACAGCUGCCGGCACAAGCUUGGACCGACUGGUUACUGAUGUGAAAGAGAAGCUGAAGCAAGCCAAAAAAUUUUGGUCAUCUCUCCCUGGCAACAUUUGCAAUGAUGAAAAGAUGUCUGUAGGCACUGUCAAUGAGAACGAGUGCUGGAACGGGAGCGCCAAGAGCAGGUACGACUUUGCAGUGACUGGAAAUGGCUUAGCAAGUCAAGUGAAUAACCCAGAGGUAGAAGUCGAUAUUACCAAGCCAGACAUGGUGAUUCGCCGACAAAUCAUGGCUCUGCGGGUAAUGACCAACAAGCUGAAGAAUGCGUACAGUGGGAAUGAUGUCGACUUCAUUGACAUAAGUGAGGAGAGCAGCGGGGAGGAGAGCGGCAGCGGCUGCGAGCUCCAGCAGUGCUCCCCGGAGUUCGAGUUCAAUGCCACCGAAGUCACCGGGAACUCCAACAAGAGCGAUAAGAACGUGAACACUUCUGCCGCUACCAGGAGCGGUUUAUCACAAGCAGCCUUGCUCCUUAGCAUUUUGUUCUUGGCCAUGCAAAGACAAUGGAGAUAAUUGUGCAGCAUAGGGGGGGAGCGAAAAAGACUUUUAUUAUCAAAGUUAGAAGGCACCUGCUUUCACUUUUAUACCAUCUAGGGACUUUGCUUUUUAAGUUAAUGGACAACAGUGUACAGUUUUUACUAUGUUGCCACUGGUUUUAAGAUACUGAUUUUUUUUUUUCCCCUUCUAUUCUGGGAAUAACAGGAACGGGGACUACCAGUCUGUCCCGUUCACCAAGAGUCCAUGUUAGAAGUGGAUAACAAAAAUGUAUAUACAAGCCUGUAGUUAGCUCUGCAUUUGUGUCUUUAUCACUUUUUUUUUUUUUUUAUUUUACCAUGUUUCUUACGAAAACAAAAAAACCCCAGGGUCUUCUCUUGGCCUGUAACAAGUAUAUGUUUCUGAAAUGAGAAAUAUCUGUACAGAAGCAGGUUUUAUUUAUCAUGUUAUCUUAUGGGGAGAAAAUAAUUGCCCAACGAGCAGAAAACAUGUUUCAUGUAGUUAACUUCCCAUUUAUCCACAUUAUGUUAGUUGCCUUAUCUGGAAAGAAGUGGAAGUAAUUUGUCUUUAUUAUGCGGUAAAACAGAAGGUGAAGGC